UAGAGUCCGGACUGCCUGCCACACCGCAGGCGAUUGUCGGCUGGUUGCCAAUCGCUCGGCGCCUGCGCAAACGGAGGGCGUCCGUCACCAUGACAGCGCCUGCCGGGGGCCCAGGAUCUUGGAGUGAAAAUAUACUGGAAUAUUUUCUGAGAAAUAACCGGAUUACAACAGAAGAUGGCGCUGAGAUCAUCUGGUAUCAUGCAGCUAACCACAAGGCACAGAUGAAUGAGGCAUUGAAAAGUAAUGCUCAUAUGAUAGAGGCCGAUGUCAUUCUUCCAAGUAAUGGAUCAGAGCAUGCACAACCAGUCAUGGCCCAUCCCCCUGAAACAAACAGUGAUAAUACUCUACAGGAGUGGCUCACUGAGGUCGUGAAGAGCAAUAAAGGCAUCAAGCUGGAUUUCAAGAGUCUGGCAGCUGUGAAACCAUCCAUGAUACUCUUAGAAAAUGUGAAGAGGCACCUAAAGUGUCCCGUAUGGAUUAAUGCUGAUAUUCUCCCUGGUCCAAAUGGAAGUAACAAAGUAGUAGAUGCAAAACCAUUUAUAGACACCGUGACAUCCUUCUUUCCAGAUGUGACAUUUUCCUUGGGUUGGACAACAGGAUGGCAUCCUGAGAAGGUCAAUGAAGGGUAUAGUUGGACAAUGGUGAAGGAGAUGGAAUAUAUAUGCAAUGAACUAAAUCAGCCUGUGACAUUCCCUGUCAGAGCAGCAUUAGUUAGACAAUCUUGUUCUCAGUUACUCUGGCUGUUAAAGAAAUCAAACAGGUACAGUCUGACAAUUUGGGCUGGAAAAAAUGAUAACUAUUCCAUUGAAGAUUUACUUUAUAUUCGAGACCAUUUUAAUAAAAGUCAAGUUUUCUAUGACAUUUUGGAACCACAAAACCAUGAAUUUAAACAGGCCAUUGGAAUCAAAUUUACUCUCUAAGAAGAACAUCUUCUAAAUUAUUUUCUGUUUUGGUUUCGUAAUCCUCUGCUUUGGUCUGAAUUAAUUGCCAUAUCAUGAUUAUAGGCUUGUGCUCAGUUUUUCUAAUCAAAAAGUGCUUAUUAUAUGCUUACUCUGUUAGACAUAUGUCCUUGUAAUGCUUCAUUUAUAUAAAAGAUUUGAUAAGAAGAGACUUCAGUGGGCUUAGUAUAAUAAUAAUUUACCAAAUGUUUUCCAAAGAAUGCCCUAAGGUAUAAUUUGCCUUUUGUUAAUCAAUUAUUUUUUUCUCCCAGAAAAUCAAUUAGUUUUCUAUAGAGAAAAAAAUAGUUUUGGUUUUGAAUGCAGACAGAUUUUCUUUACAGCCCCAUUUUUGUCCUUUACUAGCCACAGAUUUUGGGCAAUGUUAAUGACAUCAACUCUCACCUUCCUCAUCCAUAAAGUGGGGAGUAAAUUGAGCAUUCUCUCAGAAAGUUGUGAGGAUUAAGUGAGACAUUACACAGACAUCUAACUCAAUGCCUAUCACACAGUUAAUGCCCUACAGAUAGUUUCUUUAAACAAAAAAAGACAACUUAUGAUUAUGUACAUUAUAGAUAGCUGGUUCUAAAAGAUACAACACAAAACACUGUAGACAUAUACUUAAAUAGUUACAGUAUUUCUACUUUAAUAUUCAUCUCUAGUUGAGCACAGUGCUAUUUGUCAUAUAAUACCUAAAAUUUCAUUUUCUGUGGUUGUUUGCUAAAAGUGAAAGGUGCAAUUUCAUAUUAAAAUUUUUACAAUUGUAAUAAAAUUUUUUUAAUUACAGUAAAAAUUUUGUUUUCUACAAUGACAUACAUUAAUUACUUUUGUACAAAGACUUGACUUAAUAAAUAAACUGCAUUUUG